AUGGGAAUGUGCAUGCAUGUCCCAAAGCAAAAAAGCGGAAGCAUAAUUCAAACAACUCCUCAAAUUCAGCCAAGCCGCAAAAUUAUAUCUGCUCAAGAAGAGAGAGUUAAUUAGGGCGCGAAUACGGGGGAUAUAUUCAGGCCCUAAUCAGUCAAGCUCAGCUUCCCGCUUCAUGUAGCGCUAGGCACUAAAACUACCCACGCCCUUUUAAUUCUGCACCACAUAAAAUAAUCACGUCAUAUGCCGAACGAGGAGACUCAUCAGAACCUGCUUGAAAAAAAUCAACAAAGGAUCUCUUAGUGCUCAGGAUAUGUGGUGAGGGAAACCCAAUCAGUCCAAGCCAGCACCCUAUCCGGAGACUUCCUCCACUGCAAGUCCAUAGCCCCUCCAAAUGCCAGCACAAUUCACUGACCCUUGAAGCUCCGGACCUUCUUUCGCCGCCAUCUCUAAUGGUGAAAAGUCUACUCAAGAUGAAGAAAAAGAGCUUACUGAAAAUUUACGAAAACAGACAAAGUCAAGAAUUCAUAUUAAAAAGAAAGCAGGUGUAACUACGUCUAAGUUUGAGAUUGAAGACAUUGUGGAUGCACCAAAUGCGUAAUUAAAUAUGGCGUCUCAGCUUGAGCAUGGCCAGGAGGUCAUGCAAUCUUCAAACAAAUAUUUAAUUGUAUCCGGCAAGUUUUAACAAGCUGGAGAUAGGCAGCUAUGCUAGAAAAGCAAUUCCUGUUGUGUUAGGGCCAAGCCCUUGCCCAUUUUCUGGUUUGGGUUUUACCUCAAGGACGAAGGAGACUUGAAGUUGGAAAGGAGUCGCCCAGCAAAGUCCUUACUCCCCCCCCUCGAAGUUCGACCAAGAUUUUUUGGGUCGAACUUCGAGGGGGUUAAGAAAAAUUUUUUUAAAAAAAUUAUAUCGAAUUUUUUUUAUUAUUUAAAAAAAACUCUUAAAACAUUAAUUUUAAAUUAAAAAUUUUAAAAAACAUUUGAGAAAAAUUUUUAUAGUGGUGAAGGGGUCAAGUUUUCGAGCUCUAAUUUCAGAAUUGAAAAUUCAGUUAACUCUCUCCUUAAUUAAUCUACUGCCCUUAAAACAAUUGGUCUUUUGAACUAAUUCAUAAGAUCGAAAAAAAUAAUAUUUUCCUAGUAAAAUUAUAUAGGUCUUGGUCGAACUUUGAGGGGGGUUUAUUUUUCCAAAAAAAUAGGAAUUUUCCCUAUAUCUUGGUCGAACUUCGAGGGGGGGGGGAGUUAGGAUCUAUCGGGCCAUUCAUCACUAUGAAACCAGGAGUUACGGCCUGGGCUACAAGUUUUCCUUUUUGCCGACAGUCGGUCAGAAGAUCAAUUUUUUGGAUUUUUUGGUGCAGGCAACCUCGACGCUGCAGCCUGAAGAAAGACCCCCGGAGCCUGUAGUCUGCCCACUCAAAAUUGGAGUUGCUACGAAGUAGCAAGGAGGAGGUGACGGCCAGGCAAUCCGCCUUUCAGGAUAUUCGAAAGUAGACGUUACCGUAAAGCGGAUGAAUCCCUUGGUGGUAUCCUCGGUAACCGAGUUAACAAAGUGGACUCUAAACACCCUAAUUAAGUGAGUAAGUAACGAUGCACCGAAUGCUAUAAUUACGGAUCGCCCCAAAAGUCCAUGAGACGUUGAAAUAAUCCAAAAUUCAUUGGAUCAUCAUUUUAUAUUUAUAGUUAGUUGAUAAUAUUCUGAAAUGAUCCUGCAUGCAAAGAAUUUUCAGACUACCUCUAAUUAAUUUUCGCGAUGUAGAAUUUUUUUGACAUGCAAAAAUAUGGCUGAGAGAAGCCCAAUCAGGAUAGUAGUCUCACUCCAGAGCAGCGCGAUAUGGUUGUGGAGCAGACGAAGCAUUAUUCAGUGUCCAAGAAUGGAAUAGUUUUCGAGCAGGGACAGCCAGGGACAAAUUUUUUUGUGCUUGCUACAGGAAUACUAGAAGUUAUCAUCGAUAAUAAUCAAGUAAAUACUUUGAAAUCAGGAGACAGCUUUGGAGAACUAGCUCUUCUCCACGACGCAGCAAGAAGUGCCACUAUAAAGGCUCUUGAAAACAGUACUCUGUGAGGCAUCACAAGAAAAACAUUUAGGACAGCCUUAGAAGCAAUGAACUCAACUGCAAAUCAAGAAAACAUGCAGUUUAUAAACAGUGUCCCAUUAUUCCAAAUUCUAACCCCUGGGCAAAAAGAAGCACUAGUAAGCUCUUUAAAUACACAAAAAUUUGAAGUUAGGCAGAGAAUUGUAAAUGAAGGAGAUCCUGGGGAUUUGUUUUACUUAAUAAUUGAAGGCUCUGUUUCUGUUACUAAAGAAGGCAGAGAACUAAGGAUAUCUGGCAGAGGAGACUACUUUGGUGAGCAAUCACUGCUUUAUAACUGCUUAAGGACUGCAAGUAUAACAGCAAUAACCCCUGUGAAAUGUGUCGCUAUAAAUAGAGAAAAACUAAAAAAUGCCUUAGGUGAGCAACUGCAAAGUAUUCUUUACAUUAAUUCCCAAAGAAUCGCCCUCGAAAAAAGUGAAGUUUUUUCUAAAUUAAAUAAAGACCAAAUUGAGGAAAUAAUAAAGCAAACGCAUAUUUUAUCACACCCACUUAAUGAUAUUGCAAUUCCUUCUAAUACAGAAAAAGGAAGAUUUCUAUGAAUAAUCCUGCAAGGAGAGCUAUCAGACGGCCAAAGCAAUUUUCAUCCUUUUGACUGCAUAGGAGAUCAGGAACUACUUAACCCAAAUGAAGGAUUCUUUGAAAAUGAUGUGAUUGCCCAAGAAGACGUAAUUUUAGGAAAAUUGUCGAAAAUGGAAAUUGAAACGAUUUUAGGGACUAGCAUACAAAAGGCAGCAACACAAAACGAAGCCAUGCAGGUGCUGAAAGGGGUGUCAAUACUGAAGAAUUUAUCGGUCGAAAAAUUGAGAAGCUUAAUAGAUGUGCUUAAAGUAGUGGAUUAUUUCGAUGGAGAAAUUAUUGUCAGGCAAAAUGAUCCUGGGGACUCUUUUUUCAUUGUGAAAGAUGGGAUAGUUGAAAUCUAUAAAGAUGACCACAUUGUGAGAACUAUUGCGAAGUAUGAUUAUUUUGGAGAAAGAUCAGCUCUUUUCAAUGAAGUAAGAUCAGCUACUGUAAAAGCAAAAGGCAAUGUUGCCUGCUGGGUCUUGCAUCAAACAGAAUUUUUGAAUUUAAUCGAUAGCAAAGUGCGGACUUUAUUAACCAAAAGAAUUCAGCUCCAAGACUCAAAGAUAAAAUUCACUGAUUUAAGAGUAAUCCGAACAAUCGGCAAAGGUAUGUUUGGGAUCGUGUUUCUGGUUAUGCAUAAAAAUAACAGAAAUGUAUUUGCCUUGAAAACCGUAGAAAGGAAAAAAAUUGACCGCUUUUCUAUACAUGCAAACUUAGUUCUUGAAAGGAAAAUUCUUUUACAAUUAGAUCACAUUAUGAUUGUAAAGUUAGUGAGAACUUUCAAAGAUGAAAAGAGGCUUUAUUUUCUGACUGAAUUCGUAAGAGGAAUGGACCUUUUUGAUGUUUUACGCAAACAGUUUUUAUUAAAUGAAUUAGAUGCAAGAUUUUACACUGCUUGCUUAAUUACUAUUCUUAUAUAUCUUCAUGAGAGAGAUAUAAUCUACAGAGACUUAAAGCCUGAGAAUGUGAUUAUUGAUGAAGAUGGGUAUCCAAAACUCAUUGACUUUGGGACUGCUAAAUUUAUUAGUGGGAGAACUUAUUCACUCGUAGGAACUCCUCACUAUAUGGCACCUGAAGUGAUUAUCUGCAAAGGAUAUACAGUUGCAGCUGAUUAUUGGAGCUUAGGCAUUAUGCUUUAUGAGUUCCAGUGCGGAAGGCUUCCUUUUGGAGAAGAAGAUAACGAUCCAACUGCAGUUUAUGAAAAAAUUUUAGAGCAUGAUUUGAUGUUUCCUGAUUGGUUUGAUAAGAAAUCAAGCUCAAAGAAUUUUAUAAAACAGCUGCUUACUUCCCACCCUCAUAAGAAUCAUACAUGUAGAUUUUGAUUAAAAUAGCAAAAUAUUUUGAAAUACAAUUAUUAUCAUGAAGCUCUCAUUUGAAAAUAAAUUUUUAGUUUAGUUUCAAUAUUCAAUUACAGGAAGAGCUAGCAUAAAUCCUGCAAUGAGAAAUUCAGGAACUUCUGAAAAAUUGAAAAAUAAUCCAUGGCUAAGCUCAAUAAACUGGGAUAGGUUAUCAAAUAAACAAAUAAAAGCUCCUUUUAUACCUACUCUUUUUGAUUUAGGAUUAGAUGAUUUUUAUAAUCCUGAUGAAACCGCAGAUGAAGUAAUAAGUAGAGAAGAAGCUCUAGAUGCUUCACUUUCACUUACUCCCCCCCUCCGUGAGUGAACAAAAAAAUUUUGUUCACUCAAUGAGGGGCUAAUUUUUUUUUUUAAAAACAAUUUAUAUAUAAAUUUUAUAAAAAACUUUUUUCGAAUUUAAAAAAAUCCUAAUUCGCAAAAAUUGGAAAGCAAAUAUUAAUUAAUUUGCAAAAUUUAUUUUUAAAAAGCAAUUCGUUUAAAAUUCAACAGAAUUAGCUCUAGAUUUCAUUAUACUAAUUAUUCAUUUAUAUAUCAAAAUUUUUUUUCCAUAAAAAAUUUCUCUAUUAAAAAAAAAAUUUUUUUUUUGUUCGCUCACGGAGGGUUUUUCGGCAAAAAAUAGGGAUUUUUCUAAUGGUUUUGCUCACUCACGGAGGGGGGAGUUAGGGUAAAGCAUAAACCUCCUCCAUCGACAAAUUGGGAUGAGGACUUUUAA